AUGACUUUCUACUUCUUUCUCGCUCUAGGCGUUGACGCCCCGCCUCUCCAAAUCCACCACUUCGAGCACGGCGACACGUGGGUCGCCAUCGGAGGCAGCUACGAGGAUCUCCUCAAGAGCCCGCGCCUGGAACGCCUCCGCCACCCCGCGGAGCGCGAGGACGGCCCGGGACCACGCUGGAUUGUCAUUCCUUUCCUCUGGCGACCCUACGGACCCUCCACUAUCCUCUCCGAUCGCGACCCCGUGGCGCCGCUCCUCUGGAAGCCUGACUUUCUGGACCUCCAGACGAACCGCGAAGGCAGCCGAAUCUCAGAGGACAAAGCUCGGCAAAUGAGGACAGCUGCACGCGCAUUCAUCCAGAUAGCGGAGCAGCUACGCAACUCCGCUCCCCCGGCCUUCUUCCUGCGCGACAGCACGAGGAUCAAGCCCGUCGACGUCGACUUUUGGGGCAUCGGGGACCGCGGCAGGGCAGACGCGGUGAUCAACGACACGCGCAAGUUUACCACCGCAGCUAUGGACAACGUAUCCUUUGUCGCUUGGUUCACGCUCAACUUUCGCGGAUGGGAGGAGGCCCUGUCAUCCGAGCAGCGGAAGAUCGUGCGGGACUGUCGAUUCGAGGAGCGUCCUAAGAAGGGAUGCCUGAUCAACCUUCUGGUCGACUACCCUGUCGCCAACUUCGAGUCGUGGAUCAAGCACAAGGUUCCUAUCUACUACAUCUUCACGGAGGCAAUGUAUCACCUCGACCGCUUCGUACGCGUACGUCCCGACAUCAUCCAGGAUUACUGGGAGCGCCGGCAAUGUCAGAACGCGGAGGAGGAUAUUAAGGACUUCUAUCGCUUGGUGGAGCCCGCCACCAUCGAGUACGACGACUUCUUCCAGCAACGCCUGCUGAGACGGACCUUGGUCGACACCCCGCGCAUCACGUAUCACCCGCAAGCGACGUACUCGGUACAGAUCUGCCAAGGAUACAGACCGUACAUCACCCGCAACGCGACUCUCAUCAAGCUGCUCCUCGAAAGGUACGAGGCGAUGGUUCGGCCAGAGACGCCCAACAAGGUCAGGCUGGCGCGCUGGGCGGCGCGCGAGCCGUAUCGAGGGCCAGAGGACGAGAGGGAGUACACGAUGGACCCCGGCACGACUGGUCUUCCCGACCAUCUCCCCUUUCCCGGCAAAUCCUUCGAUCGCGAGUCGCAGUGGGUCGAGAACGACUAUCUCGCCCUGCGAGAGCUGUUCAAGCUCUCCUUCGCGCCCAAGCCGGGCGAAGUCUACGACCUCGAAGGCGGCAGGUCGUCCUUCCCAUUGGAAGAAGGGGGCGGCUUGAGGGAGUUCGAGAAGGAGCUGGUCGCCCGAGCCAUCUACGAAGGGAAGAAGCGCCCCGAAGACUACCGGGAGUUCCACGACUGGGAGGUCGGAUGGGAAGGUCAGGUCGACUGGGUACUGUCCAUCACGAAGACCGCGUCGACAGUCUCGGAGGACACGGAGAUGGGCGACCCCCGUCCUCUCGAGGAAGGAGAGCUGUCGGAUCGCAGCGACGGCUCCAGCGAGGGGACGGACGAGUUCUCGACGGCCCCGGCGGGCAGACUGUCGCUAAGCCAGCGCAUCACCGACCCGACCACGGGUGAGCCAGUCGCGCCGGUAGGGCUGGAAGCUCAGCUCUCGUCCCCGAGCAGCACGGAUUGGAGACGGGGGAGGCAGACGCGCUGGGAUGAGGAGAGCUCGGAUGAGGAAGGAACCCCCGCGAGCAGCGUUGCGUCUUCAGGGCGCGUAUGGCGCGCAGAAAGGCGGAGCGCAUCACCAGUGCGCGCGCCGCGCCUGGCCGACCCGGGGCGAACCUCCAGCAAGGUGUACAGCGAGGGACACGUACGCUGGAAGGAGGUCGAGAAGGAGUUCUGGGUGCAGCUGGACGAGUUGGCGCAUCGCAUGACAGCGGCGCGAGGACCUUACGUGCGCGACGAUCUCCGGCGCCCAAGGAUCGAAUGGGACGACGACUUCGUGGCCCGCGGACUCCUCCACGUACACAGCUGGGAAGAUCGUAUUCGGCUGCUUCUUUACGCCAUCUAUCAUCGGUCUCUGCGUUCGCCCAUCCACAUGCUUGACUUCGUCGUGGAGAAGGGAAUGAAGAUCUCCUUCCUCGUGCCCCGCGACCCGAUACCGACAUUGGCGCAGAUCGGCACGCGCAACCCCCCUUCGUCGACACUGUUCGCCCCGCUGACGGGAAGGACGCCGAUUGAGGUCUUUCGCCUUUGGGAGAGCCAGCUCGAAGGUCCAGCCUUGGCCAAGUCGCACUUCGCCGCCUUCCUAGCCGAAGGAGGGACGGUCGCGUACGUCGUCCGACAUUACGCCAGGGAGUACCUCAACUACGCGGGGUCGGGGGUCAGCCCGGAGAGUCGCGCCUACACGCUCAACAGCUUCCCGCUCCCAGCCGGCAAAUUCGGUGGCAACUACUUCGUGGUACGCGACGUGGCAGAAGACACGGAGCUCGCGGCCAUCGGAGGCCAAGUCGCCAAUCCGCGCGAGGAGAUGAACCCCUACUAUGUCCUCCCGCCUACGGAAACGUUCGACGCCAAGGAGUGGGACAUUGGGACAGGGGAGUGGGGCGACGCCGAGGAGGCUUACCUCAACGAGGUCCUACAUCGCUGGAAGACGGGGAAGGAGACCAAGCUAAGGACCGCAACGCAAUGGGCCAAGCACGCCGGCAUGUGGGCGCACGCGUACAAGCAGCGUCGCCCCGAGGAGGCGAAACGGGCGCGCGUCCCGAUGGGCAGCGAGUGCGAGGAGUGGUGCAAGAAGCUGGAGGAGGCCUUCGGCAUCUCGCUCGAGUUCCGCAAGGUCGCCGACUUGGUCAAGCCGCUCAAGGCGAAGAACUUGCGCCAGUUCCGUUGA